AUGAACAACUGGACAAUAAUAGACGACGUGUGGAACGAUACGUUCAAAAAUGAAACUUUUUACAACGACGAUGAAAGCGCCGUUUUAUACGCUUUUUACACAAACGGAAUUCUAUUAAACAUUGUUGCCUUUUUUGGCAUACUCGGUAACAUAAUAUCAAUGAUAAUAUUAUCAAGGCCGCAAAUGAGAUCAUCGAUAAAUUAUUUAUUGAUCGGUUUGGCUCGAUGCGAUACGGUCCUCAUAAUAACGAGCAUAUUACUUUUCGGUUUGCCGGCAAUACACGAUAAAACCGGACUACUAUUCACGUACGUUUAUAAAGUGUAUCCACACAUAGCACCGGUCGUGUUUCCCCUUGCUCUCAUAGCUCAAACCGUCACCGUUUAUUUGACGUUGACCGUCACGCUGGAAAGAUUCGUUGCCGUUUGUCAUCCACUUCAAGCGAGAUCCCUUUGCACCUACGGGAGAGCAAGACUCUACGUCAUACUCAUAAUUGUUUUUUCAACAUUGUAUAAUUUGCCGAGAUUUUUAGAAGCGAGCAGAGAAGAACAUUUUGAUAAGGAAUAUAAUACGACGGUGUACGUGAUAAGCGCGUCACCCCUGAGACAAAACGAAUUGUACAUAACCGUUUACGUGUAUUGGUUGUAUUUACUUUUUAUUUAUUUUCUCCCAUUUGCUUUUUUGGCGGUUUUGAAUGCCGCCAUAUACCGACAGGUUCGUAAGGCUAAUUUGGAAAGAGCGAGACUUUCAAGAUUGCAAAAAAAAGAAAUCGGUUUGGCGACCAUGUUAUUAUGCGUCGUCAUCAUUUUUUUUAUUUGUAACAUUUUGGCACUCGUCAACAACCUUCUAGAAGCUUUUUACGGCGUCAUUUACGAUCAAUUGGUCAAAACGAGUAAUUUACUCGUCACCAUAAAUUCAUCGGUUAAUUUUAUUGUUUACGUAACGUUCGGUGAAAAAUUUAAAAGAUUGUUUUUAAAAUUAUGCUGUUCUCCGUUUUUAUCACUUUUGGGUACUUCCGGUAGGGAAUCACCCGAUGGUACUCACGAUUUGAGUCUCAUAUCGAACGGUGAUCAUAGAAAUUAUUCGAUAAGAAAUCACGGAUCACAAAUAAGAUUCGGCGGGAGUGCGUCUAUUAAAAACGGAAAUUACAAUAACGAUUACCGGAAACAGUGGAAUAAAACUAUUAGGACGGGUAUGAAUACUAGUUUGGCACCUUGUGUCUACUAUCCGGUACGGAACACGACGGCAACCGAAUUAGAAUCCACAUCCUUAAAUCAAUUGUAA